CUGGCUUUUGGACUGCGACCGAAGUGCACCUCCGAAUUCGGGACGAAUAUUUAUUUGUUGUCGGAUUAUUUUGAGACUGUUUCGGGUUUCCAACUUUUUGUAGUACUUCGUAGUGGAAAAAUACAGAAAUUUGGAAUUGUUUCCAUCUUGUGAGAGCGUGUGGCGAUACUGGAUUGACUGGCAUCUUCGCUUCUACAAGCCAUCGUUUGUGAGAGGAAGUUUUAAUUGUGAUUUGCAGUCCCCAGCAGUGUAGCACCAACCAUUUUGUCGACCACCAUGCAUCUGCACCGUGUCCCCCUGAUCCUCACCCGCUCCAUGGGCACCUCGGCCGUGCGUCUGCAGCCAGCGGCGACCGCGGCCACCCCCGCCGAUGCAGGCUGCAUGCCCGAUGCCAAAGCCAAGCAGCGCUCGGCGUCGCCCAACAGCAAGACGGAUGCGCCGCGUCUGCGACAGCCCGCGGGCCCCAAAGUCAAACCCCUCAAGUCCAUGCCUAACAUUGUGCUGGUGGAGGGCGUGCGGACACCGUUUCUGACAGCGGGCUCGCAGUACAAGAGCCUGAUGCCGCACGAUCUGGCGCGGCAGGCCAUCCACAGUCUGCUGCGGCGGACCAAGUUCCCCAAGGAGGAAAUCGACUAUGUCAUCAUGGGCACGGUGAUCCAGGAGGCCAAGACGGCCAAUAUUGCACGGGAUGCCGCUCUGGGCGCUGGAUUAUCCGAGCGUACUCCGGCGCACACCGUGACGAUGGCCUGCAUUUCCAGUAAUCAGGCCAUCACGACGGCUAUGGGCCUGAUUGGUAACGGUCAGAUGGAUGCCAUCGUGGCUGGCGGCGUGGAUUUUAUGUCGGAUGUCCCGAUUCGCCUGAACCGGAAGAUGCGACAAGCUCUGCUGGGAUUGAAUAAAGCCAAAUCCCUCCCGGCCCGCCUGGGCAUCUUCUCCAAGUUCUUAAGCCCCUCGGUAUGGGCACCGGAAUUACCGGCUAUCGCUGAAUUUACCAGCGGGGAGACCAUGGGUCAUUCGGCUGACCGCUUGGCGGCGGCGUUCGGCGUGACACGACGGGAAUCCGAUGAAUAUGCUCUGCGCUCCCACACAUUGGCCGCGGAAGCUACGAAGAAGGGGUAUUUACAGGAAAUCGAGCCGUACAAGGUUCCGGGUGUUGCGGAAACUGUCACCACCGAUAACGGAAUUCGCGUGUCUACCAUAGAGAAGCUGGGCCAGCUGAAGGCGGCCUUCAUUAAGCCCUACGGCACCGUGACCGCCGCCAACGCUUCUUAUCUGACUGAUGGUGCAUCGGCCGCGCUCAUCAUGUCAGAGGAGGCGGCUCUACGCAUGGGCUACAAACCCAAAGCAUAUCUGCGUCAUUUUAGCUACGUGUCCCAGGAUCCCGUCGACCAGCUGCUGCUGGGGCCAGCGUAUGCGGCGCCUCAGGUGUUGGACAAGACCGGGCUGAGCAUUAAGGACAUUGACGUAUUUGAGUUCCAUGAGGCGUUCGCCGGCCAGAUUCUUGCCAAUGUCAAAGCCAUGGAUUCCGAUUGGUUUGCUCAGAACUACAUGGGCCGCAGUCACAAGGUGGGCGCCCCACCCAUGGACAAGUUCAAUAAGUGGGGUGGGUCGCUGUCCAUUGGGCACCCGUUCGGGGCCACUGGAGUACGCUUGGCCACUGUCACAGCCAACAGACUGAUUCAAGAGAAUGGACGCUAUGGUUUGGUGGCUGCUUGUGCUGCUGGCGGAUUGGCACAUGCUAUGCUUAUCGAAAGAUACCCCGCGAAGUAACGUUGCCGUAUAGCCAUGGUUUGUUCAAUGGCAUGCGCUGCAACUGGCGUAACGUAACAGAAUUUUACUAAAACGAUGUGCAAAAUCAUUCGUCUUAUCUGUACUGUCUGUUACAUUUUUGAAAUUAAGUAAUUAUUAAUUUAUAGCACAAAGAGCUGAUUAUUCCACUAGAAUAUGGAUGGAUGACUUUUAAGUUUAUGAUGAUUUUGGUUUGCGUACAAAAUAAAUCGCUUUGGAUGUUCA